AUGGGCAUACUAAUGUUUUUGCGUAUUACAGUUUUAAGUUUUAUCAAUUUUGGACGUGACAAUGCUGAUUCACCUGAGGCUCAUGGAAGGCCAGAUGCAGGCGCAGCGACAUCUACUGUUAGUCCAGCAGAUGUUGUCAACUCCUCAGAAGUUUCACCAGAUGAUUCCCAAUCAGCUGAACUAUAUGGACAAUAUGAGGAUGAAAUAAACGGCUUCAUAAACGCCAUGAGUCUAGCCAUCGAUGACUUCAUGCUGCCAAUCAUGUCAGACUUAACUGAAGAUAGAAGAGAUCAGGUCAAGGUGACGGCAAUUAAUGGUUUUUUCGGUUUCUUCAACUACAUUAUGUUAAUGUAUAAAAAUGCAGACAACGGCACUAAUUUUAUAAACGACGAUCAAAAUUUUUCACUAGAUGGAAAUGAUAUUACGGUUGAAUUUGAAGCACUGGAACCGCUGGAUGAAGACUCCGUACUCAUACCAUCAACGACUACAUCCAAAAUAGAAACUACUGCUGAAGCAGAAGUUAAACCUGCAGUUGAUCCAAUACCUGAUGUUGAAACCAAUCCAAAGUCUACUAAAGGAAAAAUCGAAUAG